GUGAGUGAGAGCAUGGGAAAUCAGACAUUAGAAUGACAGCACACAAGAAGGGGGGGGAGUGUCCCCACCUGCAAACAGUUUUUAAGACCGUCGAGGAGCAGAGUGUGAGUGGCUGCGCCGUUGCGUUGGGCCCCAGGAGAACAGUGUGUGAGUGUGUGUCGAGCAUCCUGCGUGGCCGUUGCCAGAAAGCAGCCUCCUGGAGAGCAGCAGAGCAGCAGGCUGUCUGCGCUAUGGCCGCUGAGCUGCAUUUCUCGCCCCCUGAGAUCCCUGAGCCCACGCUGAUGGAGAACGUGCUGCGCUACGGCCUCUUCUUUGGAGCCGUUUUCCAGCUUGUGUGCGUGUUGGCCAUAAUGCUGCCAGUUCCCAAGUGCCCAGAGACAGACUCGGACGGCUUGGAGUCUAAGACUUGGGAGACGGUGAAGAAACCAAAGGCAAGUGCUGCACAGCUGAGCAAGAAAGCCAAGAAGGAAAGCAAAAAGAAACGGUGAGGGCUUGAGCGCUAAGCCUCAAAGGCCAAAGGGAGCAGCGGGAAUGCUUCGUGAGAGGUGCUCCAAAGGCAGCGCACUGUACGUCUGGUUUUGUGGCGUGGCCGUGCUUUCCCUUGCAUGGACAUUGGAGAGGAACUGAGGAAGCUGGAAGGGCUUCUGAUGCGUGACCAACAAAUCGGACUUUGCCUGUGCGGGAUUUCAUGUCAGGCAAGAGCUGGGGACGCUGCAUUCCUUCAGGGUCCUUCAGCUCGAUAGCUGUUUCAGAAUGUUGAUGAUGAGGUGAACUUACCGCAUGUCGUUGGUCAUGAGCGGUAUCCUGGCUAUCUUAUUGUCUGUUGACAUAUCUACAAAAUGCAACCCAAAUCCCUUAGUUUAAAAUAAAAGGGAAAGAAACCUUUUCAA